CUAAAGCCUGCUGUGCAUUCACUUAGCAGCCGACCAGAAUAUUUUGGAGCCAAAGAAGGGAUUACAAAAUAACUGGACCCCUCGCGUGUUGUCUGUGACAAACGAGGCGGCCUUUCGUGUUGUCUUAGGGCUACGUUUAGCCAGAGUUUUAGUGCCACUGUCUGUAUUUGUGUGGAGUCCAGUUAGCUCUUCAGAAGCAACCUCGCACCACCUUGUGCUGAUACAACAUUUAGCAAAAUGCAACUCACUACAGAGGAGAAAACAGAGCUGAGGCUUCAGGAGCAGAGGACAGUCAGUCCUGCUUUGGGGAACAUUGACAGGGAUGAACAGGCAGAGCUGACAGAGCUGACAGUUGACAUUGAGCAGUUACCCACAGAGGCCCUGGAGGAGACUGUGAACAAAGGUGUGCAUUUGGUUUACUCCCUCAAUGACAGGCCACCAUGGUACCUUUGCAUUCUGCUCGGCUUCCAGCAUUACAUCCUCGCAUUUGGUGGCAUCAUCGCAAUCCCGCUGAUCCUGGCUGAGCCCCUCUGCAUAAAGGACAACAGCAUUGUCAAAAGCCAGCUCAUCUCCACCAUAUUCUUUGUGUCGGGAUUAUGUACGCUGCUACAGACAACCAUUGGUACCAGGUUACCAAUCCUCCAGGGUGGGACCUUCAGUUUGCUCACUCCAACCCUGGCCAUUCUUUCUCUUCCCAAGUGGAACUGUCCAGCCCCUGUGAUGCAGAAUGGUACCAACCCGCUGCAAACGGACAAUUCUGAUGAGAUCUGGAUGUCACGGAUGCGCGAGAUCCAGGGAGCCAUCCUGGUGGCUUCUCUGCUCCAGGUCAUCCUGGGCUUUUCUGGCCUGUUGGGUCUUGUGCUCAGGUAUAUCGGCCCUCUGGCAAUCGCUCCCACCAUCAACCUUAUCGGCCUGUCGCUGUUCAUUGAGGCUGGCAAGAAGUCUGGAAGUCACUGGGGGAUAUCUGCUCUAACCGUCUGUCUGAUCUUCCUGUUCUCCCAGUAUCUCAGCAACGUCGAUGUUCCGCUGAUUGCUUACAAGGAUAAGCAAUGGAAGGUCUUCCGGUAUCCGCUUUUCAAACUUUUCUCUGCUUUGUUUGGGAUGUGUGGCGGCUGGCUGGUCUGCUUCCUACUGACCAUCUUUGAUGUCCUGCCAUCAAAGCGUGAUGAGUACGGCUUCUCUGCCAGGACCGACAUCAGUCUGGAAGCUGUGAGAAACUCUCCAUGGUUCCAUGUGCCAUACCCAGGUCAGUGGGGUAUGCCCACAGUGAGUCUAGCUUCAGUGUUGGGUAUGAUGGCAGGGGUCUUGGCAUCAACCAUGGAAUCAAUCGGUGACUACUACGCUUGUGCUCGCUUGUGCGGUGCCCCUCCACCACCGACUCACGCCGUCAAUCGAGGUAUCGCUGUGGAGGGCAUCGGCUGCAUCCUGGCUGCACUGUGGGGAACUGGAAAUGGCACCACCUCCUACAGCCAGAACAUUGCUGCGCUUGGCAUUACCAAGGUCGGCAGCAGACUGGUCCUCCAGACAACUGGUGUUCUCAUGAUCACACUGGGGAUCUUUGGGAAGUUUGGAGCGGUUUUCAUCACCAUCCCAGACCCAGUUAUCGGAGGCAUGUUCCUUGUUAUGUUUGGAAUGAUCUCAGCAGUGGGGAUAUCCAACCUUCAGUAUGUGGACCUCAGCUCAAGCCGUAACCUCAUCAUCUUUGGCUUCUCUACCUUCAGUGGCCUUGUCUUGCCGACUUGGUUUCACUCCAAUCCAGGCAUCAUUGACACAGGAAUAAAAGAGCUGGAUCAAGUGAUUGUAGUGCUCUUCACAACACACAUGUUCAUUGGAGGAUUCUUUGGGUUCAUUCUGGAUAACACCAUUCCAGGCACUGAUGAAGAGAGAGGCAUCAAGAAGUGGCAGGACAGUGUGCAUAAGAAGAGCGAAACCAUGUGUGAGCAGUCCUGCCAUGAUAUCCCUUUCUGCACCAGAGCUUUGAAACGGUUUAGAUGUUUCCAGUACCUGCCCUUCCUCCCAUCUUACAAGAUAACAGGGGACAAGUGAUGAAGUGCUAAAUUAUAAGGGAGCAUUGUCGCUGGCCUGUUAAUAUAAUACAGUCGAGUAUUCAGUUAGAAUUGAAAAAUAAAGUAAAACUGGGGAAUUGCAUAACAAACAGGCUUCUGUCCUCACAUGAACUUCACUGGCACAAAAGUAAUUUACAUUAUUUUUCCUUUCAUAAUAAACCUCACCAUGGGGGGACACGCCUCUGACACCUUUCAGUUCCAGUUUCCUCCCACAGUCCUAAAACAUGCAGGCUUGUUGACUGACUAAAACAAUCUAAACCCUUAAAGCUUUCAUUGUUAAGACAGAUACAAUACAGCUGGUUACAGUUUGCCUUUGUAGGUAAGUGAAGUCUUUGUGCAGCCUGGGGACAACCAGCUGUGGCUUCAGCCUCCCAGUCUGAAAUAGCAACUCAGUCUGGACUGCUACCACAUAACACCUGGGUACUGAUGUGUGCUUCAGUGUACUACACGCAAUCAUGAGCGAACAAAACAUAAUUCACUGUGAAUGAGGUUCUAUUACAUAUUAUAUAAUCUAAAUCUUUAGCACCACAAGUUAAAUUGUGUUGUACUCAUGUACAGCAUGACAGAUUUAAAUGUUUCGAUUGAAUUUCUAGAUCGAAGUGAUGUUUCCUUAUAGGUGAAGUUUGACAGAAUUGAUGCUGCUGUUCGGCUGAAUGUGUUCACACAUCUUCUCUAGGAACAGUACGUCUCAUCAAGGACAGUAACUCACAGAAACCGAUAAUUAAUGGUAGGCUUUUACUGAAAUGUUACUGUGAUACACAUUUCAUUUUUUUCUUAAAUUUUUAAAUGUGAUGUUUAUAUGUGUAAGA